UCGGACAGACGAAGUUUCUUCAGCGUUGUCAUUUCGUCCGUAACCAUAAUCCUAAAUGUUUCGCCCUCUCUUUUCCUACAGGCUAGAAUUCUUGAAUUUACCUCAAAUUCAAUUUCAACGAUGGAGAACUACGAAGUAUUGGGAAUUCUUGGCGCCGGGGGCUUCGGCCAGGUCGUCAAGUGCAAACACGUCUCUUCUGGUGACAUCUACGCCAUGAAGAGAUUCAGUCCAAUGGAUGACAUGGAGUACAUCUUUCAGAGGGAACUCGCGCCUCUGUCGGUGUUGAAGCACGAGAACAUCGUGGUGCUGCUGGAGGUGUUCACCCACCAGGGCAACCUGAUGGCCAUCUUCGAGCUGCUGGAACGCAGCAUCAUGGAUGAGCUGGAUCAGAAGCAGCGCGCCCUUGACAGCCUGGUCAUCCGGAAGUACACCUUCCAGAUGCUGAGGGCCUUGGAGUUCGUUCACAGUCACCACAUGAUCCACCGAGACGUCAAGCCCGACAACGUGCUGGUGUCGCGUUCGGGAGUGGUCAAGCUGGCGGACUUCGGCUGUGCGCGGCUGUCGGGCGGUGCUUCCCUGCCGCGGACGUCCUGUGAAGGCACUCUGUGGUUCAUGGCACCGGAGGUCCUGGUGAAGGAUCCCAGCUACAGCACAUGUGUUGAUGUGUGGGCCCUCGGAUGCACCAUCGCAUUCAUGGCCACUGGGAAGCCCUUCCUCAUGGGUACCACAGUAAGGUGUCAGAUCGAGGAGGUGAUCAUGAAAGUGGGGCCUCUCACUGACCACCAAGAGCAGCAGUAUUAUGCCUACCAGAGAUUCCCGGUGGAGCCACUGCCCAAAGGGAAUCCUCCCAGCGACCUGUUCGAGAAGUACAACACCUCAGAGCCCCUGCUGACUCAACUCAUGGAGCUAUGUCUGGCGAUGGAUCCAGUGGACAGGUGGAGCUGCUCCAAGAUGCUUGGACACCCCUACUUCACGGCUGAUCAUUUCCAUGAGAGCUUCAGCAAGGAGCUCAAGGAGAUGGUCGACCAGGAUCAGUCCUCUGCCCUCAUGGUCGAUCCGGAUCAGUCCGCUGCCCUCAUGGUCGACCCGGAUCAGUCCGCUGCCCUCAUGGUCGACCCGGAUCAGUCCGCUGCCCUCAUGGUCGACACGGAUCAGUCCGCUGCCCUCAUGGUCAACCAGGAUCAGUCCGCUGCCCUCAUGGUCAACCAGGAUCAGUCCGACGCCCUCAUGGUCAACCAGGAUCAGUCCGACGCCCUCAUGGUCGAUCCGGAUCAGUCUGAUGCCCUCAUGGUCGAUCCAGAUCAGUCCGCUGCCCUCAUGGUCGACCCGGAUCAGUCCGCCGCCCUCAUGGUCGACCCGGAUCAGUCCGACGCCCUCAUGGUCGACCAGGAUCAUCCUGAGAACCCAGGGACUCUACCGGACCUGUCCUCAGCUACCCAACAGCCUCCAAUAGGAAUGCCAGUGGAGGAAGAGCGCCGCAGUCCUGAUGUGAAGAACGCCUGGGAUGGCGAUGACGAGGACACGGGGAUGGGUGGAUGCUUCCCUUGGACUCGGCGGAAGGACAAGAAGGAGAAACCCAAGGGGAAGGGGAUAAGAAACAUUCUCAGAAGCGCCAUCGGAGCAUUCCGGCGCCAGUUCCUCUCCAGAGUCGCCCCGAUGGUGUAG